AUGUUCACAUUUUACGGACUGGGACCGAAUGGAUACUCGAGAUACACUCCUGAGCAAAUGGUCGCUUCACAGUUCACGUGGAUUGAAGAUGAAGCAAUUUGGGAAUUUUUACAUCGAAAGGUCUCUGAUUCAUCAUCGAGAAGUGUCAAGUAUUCAAGCAUAGAUCCAAAUUGUUUGAGUACUUGGAUUCAGUUUCAGAUGGAAACGGGAUCAAGAAGGCCGUCAUGGAAAUUAAGAACACAUUUUGUGGAUGAUCUGUCUCCCAAUCUUCACAACGCAUUUCUAACGGGAGCGGCCAAAGCAGUACUCUACUUCGCGCUUGGUAUUUCUGUGGAGCGAAAAUUCUUGGAAGCAAUGCGCCGGGAAGCGAAUAUUUCUGUCGAUCGAGAAAACAGAUUGAUGUUUCUUUCUCAAAGAUCCACCGGAGGAUUGUUCCUUAAAUUUCCUGAAAGCAGUCGCCCAUCGAUUGAAAGUUCAGAAGAACUGCUGAUGUGGACAUUCCUAUGCAAAAAAAUUCAUGAUCCAUUAUCCGGAGAAGUUUUGCAUCCGAACGUAAUGCCGAGCGAUUCUAGUCUGUGGAAGGAGUUCAAAGAUGAGCAUUCGUCAACUAAAAGCAUUAUAGCACUUCAGAUGAUAUUUCAAGAGGAUGUAGCUCCCAACUUGUACAGAACUCAACUGGAUUUGUUGACAAAAGCGAAGCUUUGUUUUGUUUUAAGAAUCCCUGUCAACAGAGAGUUAAUGGCAAGAUUCCUACGUUUCUCCCACAUCAGAUUGGACAACUCCUUCCGAAUUUUUAGUUAUCAUGAUAUGGACACUGGCCUGGAAAUGUCCAUGGAUAGAAAGAUUUGCUAUCGUAAAUUUUAUAAACGACUUCCAUUCACGAAACUGGACGAAUGUAGAAUGUAUUCGCAUAUUUACAACAAAAUUAAAGAUCCGAGAACAGGACAAAUCAAAAAAGACCGAGAUAUAUUCUUCAAGCCUUGGAUUUGGGAAGAAUUCGACAAAACAUGUUCGUAUCACAGAGAAGCUGCCAUAUAUGUGAGACAUUUCCGACGCAUGCUACCAUAUACUUAUUUGGCAGGCAUUCCGAAAUUAAUGAAAAUAGUAUUGUAUUACGCAUUGGAAGAACCUGUUAAUAAAAUCUUUCUCCAAGAACUAAGAAAAAAUGCAAUCGUUGAAGAAGAUAUCCACGGAUGUAUCGUCACAUAUGUGGAGAGGAAGACGCAGCGUUCUGUAUCCACGUCGGAUGCAUGUGAAAUUAUUAAUAUCGAUAAUGAAGCAGUAGAAGAACAGUUUGAGGUGAAUCCCGAAGAAACUGUCUGUGCGUCUGUUGACACAUCAAAUCAGAGUUCGAUAGAGGAACCACGGGAGUUGCUCACUGUUUCUGAGCAAUCUUCAAAUACCACGAGCUCACAAGGUCUUUAUGAUCAAGGCUUUGACAUGGCAAAUGUUCGAGAAGUUCUCGAAGAUAUUCUUGACCAGAUCGAGAGUGACAGACUUGCACUAUGA